AACUUCAAGGUGGUCCUCUUCCAUUAAUACAAUUGAUACCCUUCCUUAUAAUGCACCAUCUUUGCUUUCUCCAUCUCUAAUCCUACGCACCCCUGACCCAUUCCCUUCAUCAAUCUUCCCACAAAACACAAGCAUUAUAUCCAACAAGACUCUCUUCACAUCACUGAGUUCUGCAGUAAACUGCAGCUCUUAGUUUUGUGUUACAGAAGUUGUGAGAGAAAAAACCAAGAAUCAAGAAUGUCGGAUUCGGGUUCGGGUUCAGAAAUGUGGAGCAGGGAAGAAGAGAAGUGUUUCGAAAAUGCCAUUGCCAUGCAUUGGAUUGAAGACUCUAAGGAGCAAUGGGAUAAGAUUGCAACUAUGGUUCCCACAAAAUCAGUUGAGCAACUUCAUGAGCACUAUAAGUUGCUGGUUGAAGAUGUGAAUGCUAUUGAAGCUGGUCUGGUGCCUCUUCCUAAGUAUGCUGGUGAGGAGGAGGCUGCGGCGGCUGCAGCUGCAGUCUCAUCAUCAUCGACGAAGAGUAACCAUCAGCAGGGUCUAAUGAAUGCCACAGCUAAGAGGUCUAGUUGUAACUUCUCUAGUGGGUUUUCUGCGUUUGGAGGUGACUCUACGUGUCUGGGAUCGAAGGGGAGUUCAAGGCUGGAGCAAGAACGACGAAAAGGGAUUCCAUGGACUGAGGAAGAGCACAGGUUAUUUUUGAUCGGUUUGGACAAGUUCGGGAAAGGAGACUGGAGAAGCAUAUCGCGGAACUAUGUGAUUUCUAGAACACCAACACAGGUAGCUAGCCAUGCCCAGAAAUACUUCAUCAGGUUGAAUUCUAUGAACAGAGACAGAAGAAGAACAAGUAUUCAUGACAUUACCAGUGUCAAUAAUGGAGAUGUGUCCUCUCAGCAUAUCCCAAUAACUGGCCAACAACUUACCUCAGACCCAUCAAAUGGUAUGGCAGUAGGGCCACCGAUGAAGCAUCCCGGGCCCCCGGGAAUGGCGAUGUACGGUGCACCACUAGGACACCCGGUGGUUGCUGGCUCCGCGCAUCUUGGUUCAGCUGUCGGAACUCCAGUCAUGCUUCCUCCUCCGAUUCAUCAUCAUCACCCUUACGUCCUUCCAGUGGCAUAUCCUAUGGCACCACCACCAGCGAUGCACCAAUAACAAGGGCCGCGCCACACGCUUUCCCUCUGUCGCAAUCAAUCCCUAUCAACUAUGUAAUAAUUCAGCUUCAUAAUUUGUCAAUAAGCAUUCACAUGGAAUGAAAAGCGAUAGGCUCAACUUGAAGAACAGGAGGGCCAUGGUGUCCUAAUCAAGUGUUUGUAAAUACUUGAACAGAGGACUAUGAUCAUGCACUCAGAUAUUUUUAUCACAUAUGGUCUAGAAUUGUUGAUACCAAACUUUAGGACUAAUUUUGAUCAAAAGGAUAAGGAGGAGCCAGCUUCUCUGGCCUUCAUUCUCUCUGUACCUACUAUCUUUAGAAAUUGCUUCCAAAUGAGGAAGAUCAAUGUUUGUAUAGGCCUCAAUAGAGCAUUAAGGAGAACAAAGGAUUGGAGAGAUGACUUUUUAAUGUUAUUGGUUUUUCUCA